ACAAUUGAGGAGUAGUACCAAAGAAAACGCAGAAUUGAGAGUAGAAGAGAGAACCCUAACCAACCAACCGCAGAAUUGGUUUCAUUUUUUUUUUCUGUUAGGGUUUCGAUUUUGAAUUCAAUCAUGUGGAAGACAUUAUCGCGUUCACACGUGCGUUCAUUCGCCACACGUGCAUCAAACUCCCACCACAACAACCACCGUGAAAAUCACAAGUUCCUCUCACCGAGUUCCUUUGUUGGAAGCUGGCAAGCUCCAAAGGAUCCAAAGGAAGCAGAAGCAAUGCUUGCUCAGCUUCGUAGAGACUAUGCAAAGCAAGUGAAAGAGGUUCGGAAGGAAUACAUCAGAGAAAUGGAAGCUAUGGCGUUGGAGAAGCAACGGAAGGAUGAGGCUCGGAGGGAAUCGCUUCGAGUCGCUAAUGAAGAGCGUAAGAAGCUUAAGGCUCAGGCUGCUCAACUUAGAGCUCAAGAACGUAAUAUUGCUAAACAACAGUUUCAAGAAACUCUUUUAAAAGAGAGAGCAGAGAAACUUGAAAGUUGGAGGAUGCAAACCAAAAAACAUGAAGAGAAGAAGGCUGAGAAGAAAGAAUUAUUGCAUAAACGAAGUUCGUUGUGGGUUGAUGAAGCCGAACUCGAGAAGGAAAUAACAAGUGUUGUAAUUGCUACAACAUAUCUUUGAGCCCCUUGCAGUUUCAUAUUUCUACUGGUUAGUAGAAUCUAGUCAUAUGUUCAAAGAAGCCCCCGAGAAAAUAAUUCUUGUAUGAAGAGUAAAUCAUGUGCUUAGUGGUUGGUCUUUUCGAACUUUGAAGGAAGUAGGUAAGCAUGAAUUGCAAACCAUGCUGCAAUCUUUUAAAUGAUUUGGUAGAAACAAUCAAUGGGAGGAUUUCAUGCAGAUCCCUUAUGAUUGGAAACAUUGUGAAACAGUGCUUUGAUUAGCUUUUUUCUGAAACAGUUAACUUGGAAACGCAGGCAAUUAAUAAACACCUAACCUCUUAAAAUCUUAA